AUGUUGUAUCGGGUAUUUGCAACAUUAAAAAGAGAAAGGGGUUGUCUUCCUUCUGCUUUAUUUCACGGAGUAAAAGGAGAAAAACAAAGAGUAACAGUUUGGUGUUCAAAUGAUUACUUAGGCAUGAGCCAGCACCCCGUUGUACUAGAGGCGGCGAAGAAAGCUUUAGAAGAGAGCGGCGCUGGGAGUGGAGGGACGCGAAAUAUAUCGGGGACGAACAUCUAUCAUGACGAACUCGAACGAGAAAUUGCAGAGUGGCAUGGGAAGGAAGCAGCAUUAUUAUUUACUUCAGGAUUUGUCGCUAAUGAAGCUGCUUUAUCUGCUUUGUCUGCGGUGUAUCCUGGGCUCUUAUAUUUUUCUGAUAAAGACAACCAUGCCUCUUUAAUUGCGGGGAUGUCUAGCAGCAAAGCAGAGAAAAGAAUAUUUAAACAUAAUGAUAUGCAGCAUUUGCGAUCCCUCUUAGAACAAGAUGCUGAGACAACUCCUCCAUCUCCUACUGCUGCUGCUGCUUCUGCUGCUGCUGCAGCUCCUGUUCCUGCUGCAGCAGCAGCAUCAGCUGCUGCUGCUGCUGCUGCUGCUGCUGGGGGUGGGGGUGCUCGUCCUAAGGUGAUAGUAUUAGAAAGCAUUUACUCUAUGGAUGGGUCUCUAGCCCCUCUGCAGCAAGCAUGCGCAUUAGCAAAAGAAUUUAACUGUCUCCUUUAUGUAGAUGAAGUGCAUGCAGUUGGUUUGUAUGGAGAGAACGGCUCAGGGGUCGCGCAUCAUCUCGGCGUCUCCUCGCAAGUUAAUCUUAUCAACGGUACACUUGCAAAGGCUGUCGGUGUCUUUGGGGGUUAUGUCGCCGGAGACAAAAACCUCAUCGACUGCAUUCGCUCUUGCGCAAGGGGUUUUAUCUUCACCUCUUCGCUGCCUCCGACAGUCACUGCAGCGGCAGCAGCCUCAAUAAAAUAUCUUAAACGAUCGAGCAAAGAGCGUUGGCUGCAGCAGGUGCGAUCUAGCCAGCUGAAGCUGCUGCUGCUGCAGCGAGACCUGCCUCUUAUAUUUAAUUCUUCUCAUAUUAUCCCCCUUCUCGUUGGAGACCCCAAGAAGUGCAAAGCAGCAACAGAUAUGCUUCUUAAUGAAUAUCAUGUGUACAUACAGCCGAUUAACUACCCCACAGUGCCUAGAGGAGAAGAGCGUCUGCGCAUUACUCCGUCUCCGUUUCAUACAGAAGAAGAUAUUAUGCAUUUAGUCGAAGCUCUAACAGACAUUUGGAGACGAUUAGAGCUGCCUUCUGCUGCAGAUUGCAUGCAGAGAGGCAUCUGCCUCAACAGACACGGGAAACAGCAGCAGCAACUACUCAACUUGCUGCAGCAGCAGCAGCAGUUCGUUCAGCACCAAGCUGCAGCCAACAGCAGUAGCAGCAGCAAAAGCAGCAGCAAAAAUAAUGCUCAGAUGUGUCCGUUCGGAGCAGCAGAAACAGCAGAAUGGCAGCGACAGGCUGCUGCAGCAACAGCAGCAGCAAACUCCUCUGCUGCUGCUGCUCCUGCAGCAGCAGCAGCAAAUAUAACGGAUACAGAGCAGCAGCAUCACCAGCAGAACAACAUAAGCAACUGGCACGAAGCGCUGCAGCAGCAGCUGCUGCAACAGCAGCUGCUGCAGCAGCAGCUCAUGUGCACACAGCAGCAGCGGCAACAGCAGCAGCAGCAGGAGCAGCAGGAGCAGCAGCAGGAGCAGCAGGAGCAGCAGCACGAGCAAGAGCAGCACGAGCAGCAGCAGCACCAGCACCACCGGCAGCAGCACCAGCACCACCGGCAGCACCAGCACCACCGGCAGCAGCAGCAGCAGCAACUGCAGCAGCAGCAGCAGCAACUGCAGCAGCAGCAGCAGCAACUGCAGCAACAGCUGCAGCAGCAGCAGCAGCAGCUUUGA